UUUGAUAAACACUCUGUUCCUCAGUUGAUGUCAGUCGAUAUCUGUGUUCCCAGCGAGACGCAUCACGCGUGAUCAGCGAUAAACCAGCACAAAACUAGCCAGCCACAUAGCCCUGAGCCGAUCAGGUUGGAUGACAUCGUCGGUUUUUAACUUUAAGACAGCUAGCUCGUUCUUUUUAUCCAUCAGGCAAGUCUGUGACAACUGAAAAAGCCAACGUUUUUGUUUUUAUUUGGCUGAAUAUUUACGAUUUGCAACCGAGUUAGCAAGAACUUUUUCAUCGUUAAUUUGACAACUUGUGACCAGCACUAACGUUAGCCAACUUAAUUUUGUUUUUUUGCCAAACAGAACAAUACUCGGCUUGUUUUCAAAUGUCAAGAAACCCUUCGUUGUGUUUUUGUCAACAAGCCGCUUUUCCUCGGAGAACUGAACAGAAAACCAACGAUAUUUAGCAAACAGUUUGCUUAAGAAAGAGGGCAAAGCAACCUUAGCUGUUGAUUAAGUGCUAGCGUCAGCCUUGCCUAGCCAGCUACCACCAAACCCUUACCUGAACCGUUCAACAGUCAUUAAGAAGAGACUACUUUGGCUUUUAAAACUGAUUGGUGCUGUGUUCACGACCAUUAACUUUUAAAUAACCCGUUCUGUCCACUGCAGGAGUAACUCUUAGACGUCACCUCUCGUGUUUUAAAUUAAUAACUGACAGAACAGCAAACCACCUGAGCGUGAGAAGGAGAGCCAGUGGUAGGACCUGAAGCAGGUUGUGUACAGCCACGGAAUCCCUCAUCGGAUUGUUAUAUUAUCAGUGUUAUUGUUGAAAAUGGCGGCGAUCGGACUGGUGCAGAUGUUGAUCGAAGCAGCCGAGUACCUUGAUCGCAGGGAACGAGAAGCUGAACACGGCUAUGCCUCCAUGCCUCCCUUCAUCAGCAGCCGAGAGAGGGAAAGCUUGAAAAGGAAAAGCAAAAGCAAGAAAAACACAAGUAGCAGGUCUACGCACAAUGAAAUGGAGAAGAACAGACGGGCACAUCUACGGCUGUGUCUAGAGCGCUUGAAAUCCCUCGUUCCCUUGGGACCAGAUGCUAACAGGCACACCACCCUCAGCCUGCUGAUGAAGGCCAAAGAUCAUAUCAAGAGGUUGGAGGAGAGCGAUAGGAGAGCUCAGCACACCGUGGAGCAGCUACAACGGGAGCAGAGACAUCUGAGGAGGCGUCUGGAGCAGCUGGGGGUGGAGAGGACCCGCAUGGACAGCACCGGCUCCACUCUGUCUUCGGACAAGUCUGACUCUGACCAAGAGGACCUGGACGUGGAUGUGGAGGGGACGGACUACCUGCUGGGUGACCUGGAGUGGAGCACCAGCAGUGUGAGUGACUCAGGGGACGAGCGAGGCAGCCUGCGCAGCAGCUGUAGCGACGAGGGCUACUCCAGCGCCAGCCUGCAGCGUCUGCAGGACACUCAGGAGAGGGCCAAGCAGCUGGGCUGCAGCCUAUAGACAGCACUGCUCAGUGACCCAGUGCCCGCCUCCUCCCCUCAGCCAAUCCCAUCCAAGAUUGUCUCGCCACUCCCAGGUACCUCUGACCUCACCCCCGUCCCCUCCCCUCUACUCCCCUCCCUCCUUCCCCACCAGGACUGACCAAGUCUGAGGCCUCUCCUCCAGCCAGGCCUCUGUGUACUUCCUGUCCCCACGGUGACUUCCAUUCAGACUGUAACACCUCCGAGACAGCCGCCCACAUCCAGCACAUCAUCAGCGGUCAGUCUGUAGUCCGCUCUGCUCUGCACCAAUCAAACGAGGAAUUUAAAGACACUCCACCCCUCCCUCCGUCCGUCCAUCUGUCCCUCCGUCCGUCAGAAACACAACUUUCAGCCAGAGAAUGUUACCACACAAUAUCCCACUGCCUCUUUUUGUAUGCCUCAAGAGCCAUGGGAAGCACUUAUGAGAUUUCACCCUUCCUUCACACACACUUAAACACGCAUACACACACGCCCCUCCGCCACUCCUAGUUGUCCAGUGAGACAGAAUCCUCCCAAAGGUGUGACACUGACAUGAUGUGGGGCUUUUUUCUGCCCUGCUCACCAGUCGACCAUCUGUGCAUGGUAUUUUGCACUUAUGAUUGCUUUUGUAAACAGAAAUGCUGUCUCUUAAAAUUGGCUCCCACUACAGCGGCUGCAGUAAUGCUACCAGGUGCAGUGAGUGUUUGAAACCCACGUCAGUUGUCUGGCUGUUCUGUGCGGCGUAGCAGAGUUUGUGGUCCUAGUAGACUGUGUGGUGUUAAACCGUCGGGGCCGACAGCAAUACGUCCCUUAGUACCCGGGCUUUGGCGGGCAGGCUCGUAACUACCCUGUCAUUUUCUGUUCACACCUGCUGUUUAGAGGGAAAAGUAACACAAAAACAAACAAAAAAAAAUUGUGCAGCAUGAGAUUAUGA